AUGUCAACACCAGCAGGCGUACCCGCAUACACCGUAGCGCACCGACUAUACGUCAAGUCGCUGUAUAAGCGGUAUCUCGUCAACUCGCUCAACUGGUAUAUCAGACGGGAUCUCUGGCGGGACAAGGCGAUUGAGAUUAGGGCGGAAUUCGAGCGGAACAGAAAUAUCAGCGACCCCCGUGCUCUCGCACUGGUGCUCGAACAAGCCGAGGAGCGUCUGGCAAAAGAUCUUCACCCCGAUCCAUACAGAUCGCCAAUGUUCCCUGACGGCACAAAAUGGGAACGCAACAUACCACCACGCAUGUUCUCGGCAGAGGAAAAGGCCGCCGCGCUGGAAGCUAAGCACCACUAG